AUGAAAGCAAAACCUGGAUCUCGUGUAGCAAUUUCUGCACUUGAUAAAAGUGUUCUAUUGCUGAGAGAUUCUGAAGAUGUGACGAAAGAAGAGGUGUGUGAUUAAAUGUUUAUUAUCGCGGUUUAAUUUUAUUCCAUAGAUAGCUUUCUGACCGAGUCAAAAUGCUCUAUUAGGAAGCAUCCGGCAACCGUCUUAUGAUCAUUGUGUGCAUGAACUGCGCCUUUUUGGGGGGUCCAUAAUCUCAGAUGCAUCACCAAGGUUCAUUUCAUUAAACACCAAUCGGAAGGGUAAUUUCUCGUCUUGUUUGGCAAAAUUCUCUCUAAUAUACGUGACUCAAUCUGCCUUAUAAAUGUUAUGCCUUGCUUCGCUGAAGUAUGUUCAAGUGUCAUGAAUAGUUUUUUUUUGGCAACCAGAGCAGUUAUCAACAUUUGUGAUUGUUCACCCUUCAAAAGAAGUAAUAUAUGUAAAGGGAUUGAAACCAAGUAAUACACUAGACUAUGCUAUGCAAUAUUAAUUGACAAAACUAAUUAACUUAAUAAACAUUCAUUCUUGAAAACUCAAGCAGUUAUUUCGAAGUUUUCUCCUUCCUUGUUGUGUCGUUAACUGGCAUAGCAGGCCUGCUAACGUUGAGUUGAGCUAGCGUUAAGAACAGCGUUAAAGCCUGGGUGACAUCAACAACAACGGGCACCAGUGAGGUUGCCUUGCAACACCAUACCAACCAGUGUCGUUAAACACGUUGGUUUAAAACGUAAUAACAGUUCUAGAUUUUCAUAUCCAUCUCUAGGUAAUGAGAAUUCUUAAUCGACAAGACAUUGGUCCAAUGAACUCUGAUCGCUAUUCAAAAUGUAAAUCCCCUUCAAGAAUGCCUCUUGAAACAGAUGUUUCCGAAAUAUUUAACGUAAGUAUGAAAAUAAUAUUUCUUUUUGACCAUUAUUUUGUUUCGCUGAAUGUUGUUUUAUAGUCUGUAUGGGCAAGUGACAUUCAUAAUCUUCCACCCACUGUAGUCGCGGACACUCCACCCAGCAGAACUAAAAAUUUCCUUUGUAGACACGUACAUCAUCUACCACUGGAAAGCUUGA